UUUCAGUCUCUAAGAUGUUUCUUCCUCCUGUAGCCUACAACCCCUGGACCGAUGUCAGAAAGAGGGAGGACGUUCAGAAACUAAAUGUCAGCUUUCCAUACGGACCAAUUCCUAAAGACUUCCAGCUGCGUAUCCGUCAGCACUACUACGCCGCUGUGUCUUACAUGGACGCCCAGGUUGGGAGGCUUCUCGCCACUCUUGAUGCUCUCGGAUUGACUGACAGCACAAUGGUGGUUUUCACAUCUGAUCAUGGUUGGUCGUUAGGCGAGCACGGCGAGUGGGCUAAAUACUCUAAUUUUGACGUGGUGACGCGUGUUCCCCUCAUCAUGUUUGUCCCUGGGGUCACGGCCCCCCACAGCUCUCCAGGAGAGUCUACUUUCCCCUUUAUUGACAUUUUGACCCAACCAGAGUACAACUUCACAAAUGCCAGAGUUAUCCAAAACACAGUGGAGCUGGUGGAUGUUUUUCCUACACUUUCUUCCCUGGCCAGCCUCCCAGAACUUAAGGAAUGCCCUGAAGUUCCUGAAGCUUCUUCCCAGGUGAAGUUGUGCACAGAAGGAAGAAACCUGACCAAGACUUUCUUCCAGCCAGAAAAAGGGAAGAACCCUGACAUCAUGGCCUUCAGCCAAUACCCUCGUCCCUCUGACGCCCCGCAGAACAACUCUGACCUUCCUGAUCUCCAAGACAUCAAGGUGAUGGGUUACUCGAUGCGUAACUGGGCCUACAGAUACACCCUGUGGCUUGGCUUCAAUCCCAGAACCUUCAAGGUGAACUUGACGGAUGUUCACGGGGGGGAGCUGUACAUGUUGGAAGACGACCCCAGGCAGGACGACAACGUUUACGAAGGCCUGGACCACGUUAUGCUGAUGAAGAAGAUGGCCAGCCUUCCUCCUGUACGGUUCGAUUGGCUCCAGUAA